AUGCAGCCUUUUAGUGAAGAAGGGUUCGAAAAGUAUCCCUUCGAUGGGGACGAGAUAAUCCACUCUCGCGCCGUCUUCAACCAUACUCACCACACAUGGGCGCGCACCUUUUCCUGCAUCCCAGAGAUCUACAUACAGCCCGAAUCGCUGCCAGAGAUCGAAAGGGUUGUCAAUCUUGCGCGUAAAUGGCGCAGGCGAAUUACGACGGUGGGAUGCGGACACUCGCCCUCGGAUAUCACCUGGACCUCACAAUGGCUGGUCAAUCUGGACAAGUACAACAAGAUCCUCUCUGUGGACGACAAAACCGGCAUCGUGGUGAUGCAAAGCGGCAUUCGCUUGUACAUGCUAUGCGAGGAGCUUGAGCGCCAUGGCCUGGCCAUGCCAAAUCUCGGCAGUAUAAAUCAACAGUCAAUUGCCGGCGCCAUCUCAACUGGAACACAUGGCAGCAGUCUCCGCCACGGCCUCAUGUCGGAGGAUAUCCUUUCUCUCAAGAUCACUCUUGUCGAUGGCAGCACCAAAUCAUGCUCCAAGGAUGAUAACCCCGAACUGUUUCAAGCCGCGUUGCUCUCUCUCGGCUCACUUGGCAUCAUCUCCGAAAUCACUUUCCGCGCCGUUCUAGCUUUUAGCCUGAAGUGGAAGCAGACUAUUGACUCUGAUUUGCGAAUGUUCAACUCGUGGUCAAAAGACUUGUGGACUCAGAGUGAGUUUGUGCGGGUCUGGUGGUUCCCUUACACACGCCGGGCGGUAGUCUGGCAAGCUGAAAAAACGGAAGAGGAGCAUCGUGAUCCUCCAGUGAGCUAUUACGAUGGGUCUUUGGGAUACUACGUCUAUCACAACUUGCUUUACUUGGCCCAGUAUGUGCCCCGUAUCCUUCCGUGGGUUGAGUGGUUCGUAUUUGGCAUGCAGUACGGGUUUGCCAACGGUUCCACAACGACAGCUGUCCAGCCAAGCCGCCAGGCCCUGUUGAUGAACUGUCUCUAUUCCCAGUUUGUCAACGAAUGGGCUAUUCCCUUACACAAGGGCCCAGAGGCGCUCCGCAGGCUUAGCUCUUGGCUCAACCAACUCACACCGAGUGACCCGGACUAUGUGCCACACAACAUUCCCUUUUCGGCCGAUGGCCUCUACGUUCAUGCGCCAGUUGAAGUUCGUGUCAGUGAUACGACUCUUACUUCAAAUGCCAGGCCAUAUCUCGACCCAACCGUCAAGGACGGCCCGACAUUGUAUCUCAACGCUACUCUGUAUCGGCCUUACUGGCGUGAUCCACCGUGCCGGAAACGUUACUAUCAGGCAUUUGAAUGGCUGAUGAAGGACAUGGGUGGCAGACCACAUUGGGCCAAGAACUUUGAAACCUAUGGUCCCGAGAUUGAAGCCAUGUAUGGCGGUGACAUUGACAAGUUCAGAGGCGUGCGUGAUGAUGCCGACCCAUACGGACUUUUCCUCGGGCCUUGGCAUAGAGACCGCAUCCUGCACAAGGGUUCUUCGUAUGACCUUGAGGAGAAGCAAUCUUAG